GCCUGCUGGAGCCGCGCAGGUUCACGGACCCGGGGCCUGGGCACCUUGCGAGCUGGGGGCAGGUGUCCUCGCGCCCAGCUAAUUUCUUUACCCGCCUUGGCCUUAACAGGCGUGUUGGUGCCUGCCGCGGACGCAUUCGGACCUGGGCUGAUCUCCGGAGCCUGUACCCGUGCUCGGGGCCGAGGGAGGUCGUUGCCUCGGCGACUGCAGCAUGCGGCCCGCGGUCCUGAGUGUGAGCCUGCGGCGGGCGGAGGCCAGGCUGCCUCCCUGCCCGCUUCGCCUAGGACCCGCGACCGUGUCCACACCAGGAACCACACCGCUCUGGAACUGCUAGUUUGCUAGUCAGCGUCUCUUACACCUGAGAGACAGAUGCAUUUCACCUCAAAUUUGUUUCCAAGUUGACGAUCUUUGGGUCUUUCGAAACACAAGAAGAAUUCCGACUGUUUUUGAAUCAAAAUGGAAAAAUAUGAGAACCUAGGAUUGGUUGGAGAAGGGAGCUAUGGGAUGGUGAUGAAGUGUAGGAAUAAAGAUAGUGGAAGAAUUGUGGCCAUCAAGAAGUUCUUAGAAAGUGAUGAUGACAAAAUGGUUAAAAAAAUUGCUAUGCGAGAAAUCAAGUUACUAAAGCAACUGAGGCAUGAAAAUCUGGUGAAUCUGUUGGAAGUGUGUAAGAAAAAAAAACGAUGGUACCUAGUCUUUGAAUUUAUUGACCAUACAAUUCUUGAUGACUUGGAGCUCUUUCCCAAUGGACUAGACUACCAACUGGUUCAAAAGUAUUUGUUUCAGAUUAUUAAUGGAAUUGGAUUUUGUCACAGUCACAAUAUUAUACACAGAGAUAUAAAGCCAGAGAACAUAUUAGUCUCCCAGUCUGGUGUUGUCAAGUUAUGUGAUUUUGGAUUUGCACGAACAUUGGCAGCUCCUGGGGAAAUUUAUACUGAUUAUGUGGCAACCCGAUGGUACAGAGCUCCAGAACUAUUGGUCGGUGAUGUCAAGUAUGGCAAGGCUGUUGAUGUAUGGGCCAUUGGUUGUCUGGUAACUGAAAUGCUCAUGGGGGAACCCCUUUUUCCUGGAGAUUCUGAUAUUGAUCAGCUAUAUCAUAUUAUGAUGUGUUUAGGUAAUCUAAUUCCAAGACAUCAGGAGUUGUUUUAUAAAAAUCCUAUGUUUGCUGGAGUAAGGUUGCCUGAAAUCAAGGAAAUAGAACCUCUUGAAAGACGCUAUCCCAAGCUUUCUGAAGUUGUGAUAGAUUUAGCAAAGAAAUGCUUACAUAUUGACCCAGACAAAAGACCCUUCUGUGCUGAGCUCCUUCACCAUGAUUUCUUUCAUAUCGAUGGAUUUGCUGAGAGAUUUUCUCAAGAAUUACAGUUAAAAGUACAGAAAGAUGCCAGAAAUAUUUCUUUAUCUAAAAAACCCCAAAACAGAAAGAAGGAAAAGGAAAAGGAUGAUUCCUUAGGUGAAGAGAGAAAAACACUUGUGGUACAGGAUACCAAUGCUGAUCCCAAAAUUAAAGAUUCUAAAGUAUUUAAAAUAAAAGGGUCAAAAAUGGAUGGAGAAAAAAUUGAAAAAGUCAGUCGAGCUUCAAAUGCCAGCAGUCUCCCUGACAAUGGGAUGAACAACAUCAAAACAGUACCUUCUACAAGCCUCCGAGAUUGCAGCAAUGGCAGUAUGGAUCACACCAGAAAUCCAGGCGUGGCAAUUCCCCCACUUGCACACAAUCUUUCCGCAGUGGCUCCCAGUAUUAAUUCUGGAAUUGUGACUAUCCCAGGAGUUCAGAGUUACAGAGUGGAUGACAAAACCAAGAAGUAUUGUAUUCCAUUUGUUAAACCAAAUAAACAUUCUCCAUCAGGAAUUUAUAAUAUUAAUGUGACCACAUCAGUCACUAGUGAAAAGAGCCUACUUCAGACAAAUAAGAAAAGAAGAGAAUACUCCAAGACAGAUGUCCGUUUGCCUGAACUAAACUAUAAUCAUCUCCCUGAACUGAGAGCCUUGGAAGGGAUAGCUCGAAAUUCCAGAUUAAUAAGGAAAAAGAACAAAAGUCUCUCAGAAUCUCGAAUUCCUUCUCUGGCCACUAUUGACUUGCACACGCCCAGUAUCACAUUACAUCAGGUGUCAGGACCUUCCCUGUUAGAUGAUUCAGAGGCUGAUUUGCCUUGGAUGGAACACCAGCACUGAGAGUCAUUUUGGUUCUGAACUGGGUGCUCUAGCUCUUGGGAUGACAUCCUUUUGCAACAGAAGUGCUGAUAUCCUAUGAAGAGAGAUUCAUGGUUUUGUCAUUUGUUUCUGAACUGCCUGCAUUUUCUGAGAAAGGCCUUGCAGAAGAAAAAAGACAGAUUUCCAAGUGUUUCCAACGAAGACUGAAUAAGUGUCCCUCCCCAACUGCUAUCCUGUCACCUUUCAAGUCCACUGUUGCGAUUUUAAGAUACACCCAAUUGAAUAAUACUGAUAUGGUUCUUAUUACAUGAAUGCUUAUUUACUAUUUGUAGAUUGUGCAUUUAAAAUUACCCAAGAUUAAAAUGAGUUUAAAAAGGGAGAAAGAAACAUUAUAAUGGUCAUGUUGUAUGAAGUUUCCGUGUUAUCUGUGUAAAUGUGUACAUUUAUUUAGGAAUGGGUUUGGUGGAGGUGGGUGAUUAAAAACUAGGAACAGUUGAAGAAAUGAAAAAACUAGCAUCAGUAAGAGAAACUGUUUCCUUUACCAUAAUUUAACUAUAAAUAUACAUUUAGAAAGCUUGCUUGUUUCUAGGCUUUAAGAAGAUAUGUAGUUGCUAUCUAUGAAUAGAUGUAUGUCUGGUUUCUGUGAUUAUUGUUGAUGUUUGAUCAUUGUAUUAUGGGAAUCUUUCCUUUCUGCUGAACCACACAAAUGCAAAUUUCUCAAAGAAACCUUUUAUUUCUAAUGACUAAGACUCUGACCUUAGAUAGUCCUCUGCAUUGUAAGAUUCUGGUGUCCAUGUUCCUGUGUGUAGGAACAUGACUGCAAUAAGAAUGGUAAAGGAGAAUUUUGUAGGUUUACCUUGGAGUUGAGAAUAUGUUUGUCAGUGGGAAAGGAGAUGGGAAGCUGGGUUACCCACUGACUAGGACUGAUGAUUUUUCUCUAGGCCAGUUAUUGUCGACCUCCCCCCACCCUCAAACAAGUUUUGGGGAGGAAACAUCCACAAUUAUGGACUUCACUCCUGUCCGCUGAUAUUUUGAAGGUGAUAUCAGACAGAAUCUAGAAGUGUUCUUCUCUUCUUGUUUCCUCAAAUGCUUAGGCCUUCCUGAAAGUUCUUUAUCAAUAGGCAAAACUAUCUACCUACAAUCCACACAUCUUUUCUUGUGCCUCAGUCCAUCACUUUAAGGUGGGAUACUUACGCCAAUUUGACUCUAGGUUUUUGGUUUCUAGUUUGCUGGUCAUACUAUGCGUUCUUGGUUUUAAAGAAUGGUUGUUAAGAGGACCAAAAUUUGUGUGUGUUUUUUGCCUUAACCAGUUAACAACAUGUUGUUUUUUCCAAAAGGCACUGACCAGAACUUAGCCCAAGAAUUUAACUAGUACUUUCCUCUAUUACUCUGAAUAGCUUAAUAUUGAAAUUCUGACUUUAGAUACUUGGUCCUCAAAAGAAUAGGACAUUCAAGAGGAUGCAAAUUGAGGGAUUCCAAUGUAGAAGUGUAUAGGUGGUUCAAUUAAAAUUCAAUUAAAAGCUUGAUUUUGAAGCUCUAUUUUUAACCUAUGACCGAGUGUUUGACUAGAUUGGUAUGACUAACAUGCUAGACAAAAUUAAUGUGUAGGCAUUAAUAGGCUUCACAUCAAGAUAUUGUUUUAUUUUUAUUUUAAAAAGUAUUGCCAACACACUGUACAGUGUAGGAAGCAGACAAUAUUUAAAAGCCACGUGGCUUUCCAGAUUAUUUUGAUGUUAUUUUUAUUUAAAUAUCAGUGUGAACAUCUCACCUCAAUGUCUGAGGAUCUAGGAUCAAUUACCUUUUCAUUUCUAUAUUUGCUUUUGGUAUAUUUUGCCUAUUAAAACAUUGUGAACUUCAGAAUUAAGGAACUAAAUAUAAUUUACUAUAUGUGCAAGUUGAGACCUGAGUAUCAUAUCUGGUUAGAACCUUGGCAGAACUACUUGAAAGGGAAGAUUUUGGAAACUGGGGCUAUAGAUACUUAACCAAAAAUAAUUCUUUCUUUUGGUUUAAGAUUACUUUGCUCUCCUUACAAACAUACGAUUAAAUCUAAUAGGAAAUAUGUAUGUGUACUGGUGGGGAGAAAUUGGCUUGCUGUAUAGGUGUAUGUUUUAAAAUGAAUAAAUAUUAUAUCUUACUGAGCUCCA